AGGGACAAUGGGCUGGAGGGGCCGCAGGGCAGCAGCCAGGCCCAGGCCAGCCGCCUUCUGCAAAGUGGGCUUAUCUGGCUGCUUUGAAUGAGUUUUCUUUUCCGAAACUAGGAAGUGAACCCAGACCCUUCACUCUGAACUACAGUCUCAGCCCUUUUUCUUAGUUUUCAUUUAGAGACAGGCACUCACUGAGUCACUAAGUUGCCCAGGCUGGGCUUGAACUUGAGAUCCUCCUGCCUCAGCCUCCCAGAGUGCUGGGAUGACAGGCGUGCACACCCACACUGGCUUCCUAUGGCUGCUUACUCAGGGUGGGAAAGGAGGAUAAUGCGCCACCUGGGACCUGGGAGCAGGGGGCAGAGGCUGCAGGAAGCCCCAGCCUCCCCGCUGUGGGCUCGCAGCCCCAGGACCAAAUAGCUGUUGGGGAGGAUGGCUUCAAACAGUGGGAUGCGCUCGAGGCUCUGGACAUGGAGGCCAUGCUGGGCACUGUGCAGGCCUGGCUCAGCAGCCCCCAGAAGUUCGCCCGCGCACACGGGGUCAAGCUGCAGCCCGACGCCCCCGACACCCACAUCCUGCUGCUGGAAGGCUUCCUGCUCUACAGCUACAGGCCCUUGCUGGACGUGUACAGCCGCAGUUACUUCCUGACGGUCCCCUAUGAGGAGUGCAAGUGGCGGAGAAGCACCCGCAGCUACCCGGUCCCUGACCCCCCUGGGCUCUUUGACGGCCACGUGUGGCCCAUGUACCAGAAGUAUAAGCGGGAGAUGGAGGCCAGUGGUGUGGAAGUAGCUGGACGGCACGCAGCCCCGAGAUGCACUCUUCCUGCAGGUCCUGGGCGACAUCCAGAACUUGCUGCUCAACCAGGAUUCCAGUCCCAGGAUAGCCGGUCCUGGGCAAGCAGCCGGCCACUGUGUGGCUGUGUCCCCUUUGGGGACAUCUCCAAGGAGUGUGUGAGCGGUGUCGCGAGGUGCUGGGAUCCCAAUGCCUUUGUGACCUCGUGGUGGCUUACGGAAUAAACUCGGUCCUGUUUUUAUAA